AUGGCUGCUCCCGCAACAAUGAAGCAAUGGGCUAUCCAGGGCACCAAGGAUGACUUCAACGGUCUCAAGUACGAGGACGCCCCCGUCCCCAAGGUUGGAGAGAACGAGGUUCUCGUCAAGUUGCAAGGUGCAUCUCUCAACUACCGAGACCUGAUCAUUCCCAAGGGCUUCUACCCUUUCCCGACCAACCUCCCCGUUGUCGGCGGAUCUGACGGUGCUGGUGAGAUUGUCGAGGUUGGCUCCAAGGUUCAGCAGUGGAAGAAGGGCGACAAGGUCGUUACCCUCUUCAACCAGGGCCACCAGUUUAAUCCCAUCACUCUGGCCGCAUCCCAGACUGGUCUCGGUGGUGUCCUGGACGGAACUCUGCGCCAGUUUGGUGUCUUUAACGAGAACGGCCUCGUGCGUGCUCCCAAGAACUUGGACCACGUUGAGGCUAGCACAUUGACCUGCGCUGGUCUUACGAGCUGGAAUGCUCUCUACGGCUUGAAGCCCCUGAAGCCCGGUGAGACGGUGCUGGUGCAGGGAACUGGUGGUGUAAGCCUCUUUGCUCUGCAGUUCGCCAAGGCUGCCGGCGCCACCGUCAUUGCCACCACGUCGUCAAAGGAGAAGGGCGAGGUGCUCAAGCAGCUCGGCGCCGACCACGUCAUCAACUACAAGGAGGACACCAACUGGGGCAAGACGGCCCGCGGCUUCACCACCAACGGCCAGGGCGUCGACCACAUCAUCGAGGUCGGCGGUGCUGGCACGCUCGAGCAGAGUCUGGCGGCCAUCCGCUUCGAGGGUAUCAUCAGCAUCAUUGGUUUCCUCGGCGGUGUCAAGUCCAAGUCCUCCAUCCUGGAGGUCUUGAACAACAUUUGCACCACCCGCGGUGUCUAUGUCGGCUCCAAGGCCCAGAUGCAAGAGAUGGUUGCUGCCAUUGAGGCCAACAACAUCCACCCCGUCGUCGACAAGAAAAUCUUCACCCUCGAGCAGACCCGCGAGGCCUACGAGUACAUGUGGAAGCAAUCUCACUUUGGCAAGGUCGGCAUCAAGAUUGAGUAA